CAGUCAACAUUCAUGCGUCCUAGAUUCAUGGAACUAUUCAAGUUCAACUAAACCAAACACAAACAGCCCAUGUAACCUGAAACCAUUCCUUUUCAUUCAUUCUACAACCAUGAGGCUACUCAGAAAGUCACUUUCCCACCACCUCUUCAAACCAAUCUCCAUUCCUUUCUGUACAUCCAAAUCUUCACCGCCCCUUCCAUACUUCACAGCUCUCACCAAUCCAUCUCCAAAACAAAACAUUGUUCCCACCAAUACCCACAUACCCAAUUCACCAAAACAAUCAAACCCCACUUUCAAAAAAACCACACUUCACGCUCAAAAUCAAAUCUUUAAGAAUGAACCCAGUCAUCCAAACUUGUCCAAUUCUUCAAAACAAUCAAAAGCCAUCAAUACCCACAUAACAAAUUCAGCAAAAAAAUCAAACCCCACUUCCAAAACCACAUUUCUUGAUCAAAAUAACAUCUUUAAAAAUGAGCCCAGUUAUCCAAACUUGUUUAAUUCUUCAAAACAAUCAAAACCCAUUAUUAAGACCAAGAUUUAUCAUCUAAAUUCAUACAAGUUCAUUCAAACCAGGCCAUUCUCUAGUGGAAACAAUUCAAAUCCUGCUGAUUCUGCAAUCCCAGUUGUUUCCACUAUUGGUUCACCAUUUGAUGCUUCACAGCCUAUUGAUGCAGGCUCUUCAAUUCGAAAACCGAUUAGUCUAUGGCCUGGAAUGUACCAUUCGCCUGUGACAAAUGCUCUGUGGGAAGCAAGGUCGAGCAUAUUUGAAAAUGUUGUGGAUACAUCAACUGAUGGGGCUUCACAAGAAGAACUUGUGAAGAAAACUCCGGGGCAAAGCCGUACUAGUAUUGUGUAUAAGUUCUCGUCAGAUUAUAUACUCAGAGAGCAAUACAGGAAUCCAUGGAAUGAGAUUAGGAUGGGGAAGUUGUUGGAGGAUCUUGAUGCUCUUGCUGGAACCAUUGCAUUCAAGCACUGCUGCAAUGAUGAUGGCACAACAAGACCUUUGCUAUUAGUUACAGCUUCUGUUGACAAGAUGGUUCUGAAGAAACCCAUCCAAGUUGACACUGAUUUGAAAAUAGUUGGUGCUGUUACCUGGGUUGGGCGGUCUUCCAUGGAGAUUCAACUGGAAGUGACUCAGUCCAAGAAAGAGGCCACAAAUUGGUUAGAUUCACUAUCUCUUAUAGCUAACUUCACAUUUGUGGCUCGGGAUUCCAACACCGGAAAAUCAGCUCUAGUUAAUCAGGUCUCACCUGAAAGUGAACAAGAGAAGAUAGUUUGGGAGGAAGCAGAAGAAAGGAACAAACUU